GUUUCAGGUGAAUUAUCUUAUUGGUUGCCCGAAUGUCAAAAGGAACAGGGCAGAAGUUGUCGAAGGAGGAUGAGUUGCUGCUAAAGGAUUUCUCGGCAGCAGUAUCGACAAAAGGCAGUGCAUUAUUUUAUGGGAACUCGACAGUGAUUGCUAUAGCGCCUCUAUAUCUUUUCCAUGGAAUACAUCAGAUGGAAGUGGCCGACUCAUGGAUUAUUUGGUUAAUUUCAUCGCUUACUGCGUCCUACCUUAUCAGUUUUGCCUACAAGAAUAUCAAGCACAUUCUUAAACAUAAAAUUGUUGUAAAACGGAGUGAGGCAGUAACUCGUGAAAUGAAUCGAAAAUUAGCGGAUGAUAAGAAAAUGUCGAAGAAAGAAAAAGAUGAGAGAAUUUUAUGGAAGAAAAAUGAGGUCGGAGAUUACGAGGCAACCACUUUCUCCAUCUUCUGGAACAAUAUUCUUUUCCUUUCACUUCUUCUUAUUUUGUCAUUCUUCCUGUUUGCCUCCAUAUCGUCCACUUUUAACUGUCUUUUUUCUAUGGUUGGUGCUGCUGGUUUGGUUGCUCUUUUCUCAACUGCCAAGUAAUACCAUUUUUCAUGACCAUCGCUGUUUCUUAAUAAAAUAUUCAAAUUUGAAAGGAGUACUAAGGGUUAUCAAUUUUUGCUUUGAAGAGGAAAGAUACCCUUUACUUUGUAGUCUGAAAGGAUUGUUUGCUUGCAUACGGUUUAUCCAUAUGUUGUUGUUGAUGUGAAUUGCCAGUGAUUUCUGUUUAACUGUCUCUAAUUUAUUCGAUAAAAAUACUUGCG